GUUUGCCUAAACUAGAUUUGGAGCAGUUCAUAUACCUGAGAUCUGCCAUUUUACAGUAUUACAAUUGAAAAGAACCAGAUUUUCAAAUAAUGGAAGAGCCCAAAACAUCUAAAAGUGAAAAUCAUGAACCAAAGAAGAAUAUUAUUUGUGAAGAAAACAAAGCAGUUAAAAUUAUAGCUAAUCAAACCUUGAAGCCUAGAAAUGAUAAGUCCGUGACAGAAAUUGGGACCAGCUCUCUGAAUAGGAAUAGUAGUAAAAAAAACAAGCAAAAUGAUAUUUGUAUAGAAAAAACAGAAGUUAAAUCAUGUAAAGUAAAUGCUGCCAGUGUUCCGGGCCCUAAAGAUUUGGGGUUAGCACUUCGAGAUCAGAGUCAUUGCAAAGUGAAAAAGAUACCAAAUUCACCCAUGAAAGCCCAGAAGGGAUCUUCACAGGCAAAAGUAGAAAAGGCACCUAGCCUACAGGCAAAACAAGAAAAAUUACCAAAGUCACCCAAUUUACCAGUAAAGGCAGAAAAAGCACUCUGUACAACAGCAACAACAGAAAAAGCACUUAAUUCACAGAAGAAAGAAGAAAAUAUACCCACUUCUCAGAUAAAAUUACAAAAGACACCCAGCUCGCCAUUAGAACCAGAAAAUGCAUCCAGUUUACUGUUGAAAGAAAAUAUGAAACAGACAGAGGCACAACAGACUGGGAAGAAACUUACAAGCUCCUUUGUUUCUGUGGACAAAAGGAAUACUGAAACUCUACAGGGAGAAAAAUCGACUCUGGAAAACUUACUGCCAUCUCAGAGGCAACAGGCACAGACAGAUAAUAUUGGUGAUUCUGAUGACAGUGCUUCAGGAAUUGAAGAUACAUCAGAUGAUUUGAGUAAAAUGAAGCGUGAAGAAUCUAAUAAAGAAAAUUCUUCUGAGAUGGACUAUUUAGAAAAUGCUACUGUGAUAGAUGAGUCUGCAUUGACACCUGAGCAGAGGCUAGGCUUGAAACAAGCAGAAGAACGUCUAGAAAGAGAUCACAUCUUUCGACUUGAAAAACGAUCACCAGAAUAUACCAAUUGCCGUUAUCUAUGCAAACUUUGCUUAAUUCACAUUGAAAACAUCCAAGGAGCACAUAAACAUAUAAAGGAAAAACGACAUAAAAAAAAUAUUUUGGAAAAACAGGAAGAAAGUGAACUGCGAUCUCUUCCAUCUCCUUCCCCUGCUCACUUGGCUGCUUUAAGUAUUGCAGUUAUUGAAUUAGCAAAAGAACAAGGAAUAACAGAUGAAGACCUCAGAGUCCGCCAGGACAUUGUGGAGGAAAUGUCAAAGGUUAUAAUGACAUAUUUACCAGAAUGUUCACUGAGGUUGUAUGGUUCAUCUCUGACAAAGUUUGCUCUAAAAAACAGUGAUGUUAAUAUAGAUAUAAAAUUUCCUCCCAAGAUGAAUCAUCCAGAUCUUCUAAUACAAGUGCUUGGAAUUUUGAAAAAAAGUACAUUAUAUGUAGAUGUGGAAUCUGAUUUUCAUGCUAAAGUUCCUGUUGUGGUGUGCAAGGAUCGGAAAAGUGGUUUACUUUGUAGAGUGAGUGCUGGAAAUGAUAUGGCAUGUCUCACUACUGACUUACUUGCUGCUCUUGGCAAAGUGGAGCCUGUCUUCACUCCCUUAGUGUUAGCCUUUCGCUACUGGGCUAAGUUGUGCUAUAUUGACUCCCAAACUGAUGGUGGAAUCCCUUCUUACUGUUUUGCUUUAAUGGUGAUGUUUUUUCUUCAACAAAGAAAGCCUCCUCUUCUUCCUUGCUUACUUGGAAGUUGGAUUGAAGGCUUUGACCCAAAAAGAAUGGAUGACUUUCAGCUGAAGGGCAUAGUAGAAGAGAAGUUUGUGAAAUGGGAGUAUAAUUCAAGUAGUGCAACUGAGAAAAACUUAAUUGCUGAUGAAAACAAAGCUAAGGCAGACCAACCAAAAGAUGAUACCAAGAAGACAGAAACAGACAACCAAAGUAAUGCCAUGAAGGAAAAACAUGGCAAAUCUCCUUUAACAUUGGAAGCACCAAAUCAGGUACCCUUGGGACAGUUGUGGCUGGAGUUACUAAAAUUUUACACACUGGAUUUUGCUUUGGAGGAAUAUGUCAUAUGUGUACGGAUACAAGAUGUUCUAACAAGAGAAAACAAAAACUGGCCUAAAAGACGAAUAGCCAUUGAAGAUCCAUUUUCAGUCAAGAGGAAUGUUGCACGGAGCUUAAACAGCCAGCUUGUUUAUGAAUAUGUUGUGGAGAGAUUCAGGGCAGCUUAUCGGUAUUUUGCUUGUCCUCAAAGGAAGGGUGGAAAUAAAUCUACAGUGGAUUUCAAGAAAAAAGAGAAGGGGAAAUUAAGCAAUAAGAAACCAGUGAAGUCUGAUUGUUUGGCAACCAACUGUUGCAUUCUUGGGGAAAGCACAGAAAAAGUAAACACAGAGAAAGAUCAAUCUGCUAAAUCUGAUGAAAUGGAACUUACAUCACAGAGAUGUAUCGUUGACAAUGACAGUUUGUUGGUAAAUGAACUAGGUUUGGCUGACCAUGGACAAGAUUCUUCAUCUCUUUCUACUGCCAGGGAAGGCAGUGAAUUGGAGCAAAAACCAGCUGAGAAACAAGGUGAUUUAACACCAUCAGAAACUUCUUUAAAAAAGGUACUCAGCCAGUGUAAUUGCAUUGGGUCCCCUGAUGGAGCUGAAUCUGCUGGAAUAGACUGCAGAUCGAAUUUAGAGAUGGAGAGUUCACAUCAGACUGUGUGCAACAACUUAUCUGCUACCUCUUGCAACUGCAAAGCUACAGAAGCUCCUUCUGACUUUAUUGAUGAUGAUGAUAACCUCCCUUCCCAGGAACUAUAUUAUGUGUUUGAUAAAUUUAUUUUAACCUCUGGCAAGCCGCCAACAAUAGUAUGCAGCAUCUGCAAAAAGGAUGGCCAUUCAAAAAACGAUUGCCCAGAGGAUUUCAGGAAAAUUGAUCUAAAACCUCUACCACCAAUGACAAAUCGAUUUCGAGAAAUACUUGAUUUAGUAUGUAAAAGAUGUUUUGAUGAAUUAUCACCACCUUGCUCUGAACAACACAACAGGGAGCAAAUUUUAAUUGGCUUGGAAAAAUUUAUUCAAAAAGAGUAUGAUGAAAAGGCAAGAUUGUGCUUAUUUGGUUCUUCAAAGAAUGGAUUUGGAUUCCGUGAUAGUGAUCUGGAUAUUUGUAUGACUCUGGAAGGCCAUGAAAAUGCGGAGAAAUUAAACUGUAAGGAAAUAAUUGAAAAUUUGGCGAAAAUUCUUAAGAGGCAUCCAGGUUUAAGAAACAUUCUGCCUAUAACUACUGCCAAAGUGCCUAUUGUAAAAUUUGAACACAGACGAAGUGGACUAGAGGGUGAUAUCAGUCUAUAUAACACAUUGGCUCAACACAACACAAGAAUGCUUGCUACUUAUGCAGCUAUUGAUCCUAGAGUACAGUACUUGGGAUAUACUAUGAAAGUGUUUGCCAAGCGCUGUGACAUUGGAGAUGCAUCUCGGGGAAGUUUAUCUUCGUAUGCGUAUAUCCUUAUGGUGCUGUACUUUCUGCAGCAAAGAAAGCCACCAGUUAUCCCAGUCCUGCAAGAGAUCUUUGAUGGAAAACAGAUUCCACAGAGAAUGGUUGAUGGAUGGAAUGCUUUCUUCUUUGAUAAAACAGAAGAACUGAAAAAGCGUUUACCUUCUCUUGGAAAGAACACAGAAUCACUAGGAGAGCUUUGGUUAGGACUACUUCGCUUUUAUACUGAAGAGUUUGAUUUCAAGGAGUAUGUAAUCAGUAUUCGGCAGAAAAAGCUGUUGACCACUUUUGAAAAGCAGUGGACAUCUAAAUGCAUUGCAAUUGAAGAUCCUUUUGACUUGAAUCAUAACCUUGGUGCUGGUGUUUCUAGAAAAAUGACCAAUUUUAUUAUGAAGGCGUUUAUCAAUGGAAGGAAACUUUUUGGUACUCCCUUUUAUCCACUCAUUGGCAGAGAAGCUGAGUACUUCUUUGAUUCAAGAGUAUUAACAGAUGGAGAACUGGCUCCUAAUGAUCGUUGUUGCCGUGUAUGUGGAAAAAUAGGUCACUACAUGAAAGACUGUCCCAAAAGGAAAAGCAGUUUACUGUUUAGACUAAAGAAGAAAGACAGUGAAGAAGAGAAGGAAGGAAAUGAAGAAGAAAAAGACUCCCGAGACCUUCUUGACUCCCGAGACCUCAGGUGUUUCAUAUGUGGAGAUGCAGGACAUGUACGCCGGGAAUGCCCAGAGGUCAAGAUGGCCCGCCAGAGGAAUAGCAGUGUGGCAGCAGCCCAGCUGGUCCGCAAUCUUGUCAAUGCUCAGCAGGUGGCUGGUUCAGCCCAGCAACAGGGUGACCAGUCCAUUAGGACUAGACAGUCUUCAGAAUGUUCUGAUUCACCAUCUUAUUCUCCUCAGCCUCAGCCAUUUCCACAGAAUUCUCCCCAGCCAUCCGCUAUUCCUCCGCCUUCAGCCCAGCCAGGAUCCCAGCCUAAGCUUGGCCCACCCCAACAGGGAGGCCAGCCCCCUCAUCAAGUUCAGAUGCCCUUGUAUAACUUUCCUCAGUCACCACCAGCUCAGUAUUCUCCCAUGCAUAGUAUGGGAUUAUUGCCAAUGCACCCCCUCCAGAUCCCUGCCCCGUCGUGGCCCAUCCAUGGCCCAAUGCUCCACUCUGCACCUGGCAGUGCCCCCAGCAAUAUUAGCUUGAAUGAUCCCAGCAUCAUCUUUGCACAGCCUGCUGCCAGACCGAUGGCAAUCCCUAACUCUUCUCAUGAUGGACAUUGGCCUCGUACUGUGGCUCCAAAUUCCCUGGUGAACAAUGGUGCAGUGGGUAAUUCGGAGCCACGAUUUCGAGGACUCACUCCUCCAAUUCCAUGGGAACAUGCACCACGUCCCCAUUUCCCCCUUGUCCCAGCUUCGUGGCCUUAUGGUUUGCAUCAAAACUUCAUGCAUCAGGGAAAUCCAAGAUUUCAGCCCAACAAACCCUUCUACGCUCAAGCAGACAGAUGUGCUGCCCGUCGCUGUAGAGAGCGUUGCCCCCACCCACCAAGAGGAAACGUGUCAGAGUGAUGGCAACCCACAGCAACCAGCCAAUCCUGCUGUCUCAAGGGUAUCCGUACCUCAGUGUCAGUUACACUCAGCAGAAAAAGUGACAUUUAAGGAAAGCAAAACAAAUCAGGUCCUGAUUUAAAAUUUUCACACAUGUUUAGAUAGCUUAUUUAAAUUCUAAGACUGUUUUUAAACACUGUAUUAUUUGUAUAUAAAUAUGAACUAUAGUUUUUACUGGUAUCACUAAAAUAAGUGAUACAAAUUUCAUCUAUUUUAUUACCCUAUUUUUAAGGGAGUUUUAUGUUUUGUUUAACCUUGAUGAAUUGUAUAAAGAGAGAAUUUAAAAAAUUACAUUCUUUAUUUUCUAUUAGCUGUAUUCAUACUUUGGUUGCUCCAGACUUUAUAUAUAUUGUUCUUAAGGAUUAGGGAAGGAUUUCAUGUGUUUUAAAUUUGUCACUUCUAUUCUUUACAGAAUCUUGUAGUGCCAAAAUCUUUUUAAAAGGUCAAAAAAAAAAAAUAAAAUAAAAUUACAACAAAGAUUCAAAAAAUUUUUCUUUUACAUACUUGUAUGUUGAAUAUAUUCAAACUUGAAUGGAAAGUUGCUUUUGUCUGUAUUUUGAAGUUCUAUUUUAAGUUAAUAAAUCUUUUUGACAAGA